GUAGGAUGUCACGUGUAGGACUGAACUGGGAAAACAGAAGAAGCUGGAGCGGCGGCGGCCACCUUGAACACCCUGGUGGGAGCAAACGGGAUCAUGCCGUACGUUCUCGUCAGCACUCAGAUCCGCAUGGAAGUUGGACCCACAAUAGUUGGUGAUGAACAUUCAGAUCCAAAUUUGAUGCUCUAUCUAGGGGCCACUAAAAGAAAUGUGCUGGGGAAUCAUUUCGGGGAAUAUUACGUUCAGGAUGCUCCGCGGAUCGUCUUGGACAAGCUGGAGAAAUGUGGUUAUCGGGUGAUCAGCAUGACAGGAGUGGGGCAGACAUUGGUGUGGUGUCUUCACAAACAAAUGACAGAGAAUUCUGAUUUUCUCCCUCCCCAACAUAUUGCUUUAAACCACCCAGCCUAAGCCUGAAAUUGCAUUGCUCAUUUUCAGGCAUUUUGAAGCAAGACUUUAUCAAAACCUGGCUUUAAAAAUAGGGACCCUGCUACAAGAUUGUUCUAGGAAACAUGGGGGGAGCCAUUAGCUUCUCAGCUUUGGGGGCUGGAACUUUCUUGAAAAGAUGAAUCUCUAUUGAGCAUUAUUUCAGAUGCCAAUCUGAAACUGGCAGUAUUACAGUAGUUAUCUCCACUUUAAUUAUUGAGCUAUGACAACUUGGCAUUAAAUUCACUAUAUUAACAAGUCUCAGGCUAGAUCAAGUGUGACACAGUAGUGAAGUAUGAUCAUGCAUGAAAUGGCUGUUAAAUUGAUAGGGAUAAUGUUGCCACACAAAUUUAUCUCUAUUGAUUACAUAAUGUGCUUAAAGUAUGCUACAAUGUUCCCAUUCAAGACUGUGACUAGAAUCUUGAGGUUGUGAUAUGUGUUUUUUCCAUUAUGUCUACAUGUAUGUCCUGAAAUAGUAAAGAUUCUAUAAAUAUUCCCAUAUCAGUUUUUAACUGUACCAAUUUGUCCUUUUAUUGUUGGGAUUAUUUACACUAUGUUUGCUGAAAACCAUUCCUAAAGUAGCUGGUAAAAUAAUAAAAGAAUGUAACAAAAGCAA